GGGACUUUCCCUCUGAGUUUCCACUGGAGCGGCAGGGACGCGGGCUGCAGGGGAUGGGAUGAGGUGAGGAACAGCGGACAAGGAUGUGAAGAAAGUGGGAGUUGUGAUCCAGAAAUUUAUUAUUUCCUUAUUAAACGAUAAGGAAAACAUGACUAACUCAAGUUCUCCACAAGCGGCUCCUCAUAUGACCACCAACCCUCAGGCUCACAGAGCUGAGAUCCUGGAAAAUCCACUCCGGACCUAUCUCCUGGGAAUCAUAAUCUCCAUAUGUGGGAAUGUCCUCAUCAGCAUUUCACUCAACAUACAGAAAUAUGCCCACGUCCGUCAAGCUCAGCGUGGCUCCAAACCCUACUACACCUCCGGGAUGUGGUGGUGUGGUGUGGUUCUCAUGGGUGUCGGGGAGCUGGGGAACUUUGCUGCCUAUGGCUUUGCCCCAGCAUCACUCAUAGCCCCGCUGGGCUGUGUGUCUGUCAUAGCCAGCGCUGUCAUAUCUGUGAUAUUCCUCAAGGAGACGGUGCGUGCCUCUGACAUUGUUGGUGGCACCCUGGCGAUAACAGGAACGUAUCUCCUGGUGACCUUUGCCCCCCACAAUACCACUCACAUCACAGCCCAUCUGGUCCAGUACUAUGCCGUCAGCUGGCACUUCCUGCUUUACUUUUUUAUAGAGACCGUCAUCUUUUGCAUCCUGCUCUAUCUGUACAAGAGGAAGAAUGUGAAGCACAUCGUCAUUGUGAUGCUGCUGGUGGCCCUGCUCGCCUCUCUGACAGUCAUCUCAGUCAAAGCUGUGUCAGGGAUGAUCACAGAGUCAAUAAAAGGCCAGCUGCAGCUCAUCUACCCCAUCUUCUACGUCAUGCUUGUCGUCAUGAUCGUCUCCUGCGCCUUCCAGAUCAAAUUUCUCAAUCAGGCAAUGAAAAUGUUUGAUGCCACAGAGGUGGUUCCUAUCAACUUUGUGUUUUUCACCGCAAGUGCCAUUGUUGCAGGGAUAGUAUUCUACCAGGAAUUUGAAGGCUUGGCUUUACUGAACAUUUUUAUGUUUCUUUUUGGCUGCGUUCUGUCUUUCCUUGGAGUUUUCCUGAUAGCCCGAAACAGGCCAAAAAUAAAGCAGCAAGAUCGUAAUUUUAUCGCAAUGGAUAGGAUUCCUGGGAGAAGCCACACAGACAAAGUGCAGCCCGAGGCAAAGACUCCGACAUACGGAUCACUGGCAGCCAAACUCAUGUGCAACAGAGCUGGCCAAACAGAUGAUACAUAGGACCUGCUCCAUCUGUUGGGACUGUAAUUGUGAGGAUUUGUCUGUACAUGUUUCUUCCUGGGUACUUCAGUAAUAUCUUUAUUUAUAGAAAUAAAAUUGUGGGCACCAAUUCAAACCAGUGCCAGCUGAGCAGCAGUAUUGGUGGCCAUAUUGGUCUUAUAAUGUCAAGUAUCUCUUUCAAUAUCAGUGUUUCUCCAGAGUUAACAGUACUUUCAGCAGGGUUGCCAGGAAUAACUGAUGAGGAAAAAUUGACUCUAAAUGAGAUGAAAAACCUCAGGAUCACAGUGCAAGCCCAAAAUGCCGGACUUGCAACAACAUUUAAUUAAAAAAAAACAGUCCAGGAGCCAACUGUGACAUAUGCCCUCCUAUAUAACAUAUGUAUAUUGUUAAUGAAUAAAUUGGUGUUUGUGUGA